GGAUAUCUACUUAUUAUCUUUCUUCCAUCUCUUUCAAAUAGAGAUGUUAUUUUAAUUUUUGUUGUCAUUUUUUGUUUUUGAAUUUUCCUUAAUUACUAGUUUUGUUUAUUUUAUUUAUUGUUCUCAAUUUGCAAGGUAGAUAUAGUCCUCUACCAAUCUAGCAAAACCUGUUCUGAUUUCAGUGAUGCUGGGUAAAUAUGAAUGAUGACAAGGAAUGUAAGGAUACAUGUAAUGAAAACAAUGUAAUUCUCAAUAGUAAAGCAGCCAAUGCUUCAUCGUCAUCAAAUGGACCUCCAUCUGAUUCCCUUCAUCCACACCAAUUAUCGGGACCCAAUCAUAAUCAUCAUCACCAAACUCAAUAUCAUCAUCAAGAUUCUGGGAACAACUUAAACUCUUCCAAUGGUAGCUCUAUUAAUUUGAAAAACGGUGGUCCAGGUUCUGGGUUUAAUAAUAACAAUAAUAACGCACUAAACAACAAUUUCAAUUCUGACGUAUGUCGAGAUUUCUUACGUAAUGUUUGCCGACGAGGUAAUGGAUGUCGAUACCGACAUCCAGAAGGGACUGAAGCUGAAGAAUUGGGGAAAAAGGUUGAUUUAAUAUUUUGUCAUGAUUUUCAAAACAAAGAAUGUCGCCGGUUGAACUGUCGUUUUAUUCAUUGUACAAAACAAGAAGAGGAAAUUUAUCGCAUCAGUGGCAAGCUACCUUCUCAUCUGAUCGAGAAACUAUUGUCCAAUAAACAGUCAUCUGGCUCGUUUCAUUCGUUGAAUCAAUCGCACCAAGUUGAUUUGAAAUCAGCUGUCUGUGAUACAAAUGGAUUGGUUUCUAAUUCAUCUUUAGCUUCUUCUCUCGCCUCUUCCCUUGUUUCAUCACUUGCUUCAUCUUUAUCAUCAUCGUUAGCCUCAUCCGUUGCUUCCUCCGUUGCCUCCUCUGUAGCUUCAUCCUUUUCUACCUCGAUACCUGUCUGCAAAGACAACCUCAAAGGAGAUUGUCGUCGAGGUGUGAGAUGCAAAUUUCGUCAUAUCUCUCAAGCUGAAUAUGAUCUUGAGUUACGAACCAAUGCUGCAGCUGCUAAUGCUGCUAACGCUAUCCAGCAUAUUAGAACUCCGUCUCUAGACAGAAAUCACCAUGCAUCAGGUGUUUUGUUGGACGGGCCAACAUCAUAUCAAGUUGGAUUAGCCCCACCUGAGCCUAAAAGGCGAGCUUAUGAUGCAUCCCUUGGUUUUGGUACUCAACCAUUUACCUUGUCACCACAACGCGCGCCCUCACAUGUCGGUCUCUCCCAGGUUCACUCAAUUAGUGAUUUUGAAUUUACUUCAAAACAAACAUCUCUCCCACCGUUAACUCAAUCAACUUCUAAUUUAGUUUCCUAUUCGCAAUCCAGUCAACUUCCCAACCAAGCUCUGUAUAGUAAUUCCCGUUUCUUAGAAGAUGAAAAUUGCGCACUUCGACGUCGUGUUGAUGAAUUAAAAAAACAAGUGGCCGAUUUGAUGGCCACAAAUGAAUUUCUACUGGAACAAAAUGCUCAGCUACGUACAAUGGGCAAAUCAGCCCACCAACCUACCCCACCUCAAUCAGGACCAGCGUCAAUACCACCUCCACUCGGGCCACCGCCAAUUAUCAAACCUGAACUCAUCUCUAGUUCAAGAUCUGGAGAAAUACCGGCGGCCCUUGCUGCCACUCUAAAUUCUCAAUCUGGAAUUCCUGUAUCAUCAAUGGCUGCUCUGUCAACAAGCGUUAUCAGUACUUCAACAACUCCCUUGGUUAGCUAUCCUAUCAUGACUGCAGCCAUUCAGUCGUUACGUCCUCCUAUUAUUCCUCAUUCACUUAGCCACUAGAAGAAACUAGAAAAAUUUUGCAAUUUAACAAAUCGGACAAUUUAAAUAUGUAUUCAAUACUUACAGUAUACACAUCAAAAUAACUUAAUUCAACUUGCUUUGCACUCUGUGAACAAAAACAACUUUAAAGAAAGAUACAAUAAUCAUAUUUAUUAAUCCAUAUUCAUAUAAAUAUUUAUAUAUAUUAUCCUCCUGGUAGUGAGAAAAUAUAUAUUCAUUUAAUAUAAAAUAUCAUUCAAUGGUCCAUUCAAAAUAUCUGUACACUAUUAUAAAUAUACAAACACAUUUACAUAUAUAU